UGGUUCUCACAAUAUAAAGAAAACAAUAUUAACAUUCUGGCAGAAGAUUUUAACACAAAUCUAGACCCUGCUAUAAACAGAAUAAGCCAAGCUUCAGCUCAAAGUAACAAUUCUAGAAUGCAACUUAAAGAAUUG